AUGAAGGCAUCAAAGAAUCUCCAGCCUGUGUCGGCUGACCAUGAUGAGGAUGUUCAGACUGUCCAAACAGUCACUCGACCUGAAUAUUCUAAAAAGGGCCUCAUCGUCGGAGGAAAGUACCGCGACGAGCUGUCUGAGGAACAAUCACAACAAUAUGACAGCCUAUUACAAGAGGUCGACAUCGACAUGCCUCUCACAGUGACCAAGCCCACCGAACACAAUGGACAACAGUUCAUCAUCCUCGAGUUCCUCGAGGCAGACAAAGAGAACCCCUUCAACUGGAGCGGAGCCUACAAGGCUUUUAUCAGUGCUCUGCUCUGUUUGAUGACACUAUUCAUUGGUCUUGCCACAACAGCCUAUAGUUCCGGAAUUACACGCAUGACAGAGGAUUUGGGAACCUCCACAGAGAUUGGCCAGCUUGGACUGUUCUGCUUCAACUUCACCUGUGCCUUGGCUCCCUUGUUCUUGGCUCCAUUCUGUGAGCUUGCUGGUCGACGAGUUGUCUAUGUGGGUGCGUACGUUUGCUUCGCUCUCAUGUUCAUUGGUCUCUCCUUGGGCAAAAACAUUGCUACCAUCCUUGUCUGCCGUGCCCUGCUCGGUCUGUUCGGUUGCGUAGGUACUAUCCUUGUCGGUGGUACCUUUGGUGACAUGUACACCCCCGAGCACCGUGCCAUUCCCAUGGCUUCGUUCUCUUUCGUUGCCAUCUUCGGUACCGUCGCGGCUCCCAUCUACGCCGGUUUCAUCGACCAGGCUUUGGGCUGGCGCUGGGUCGAGGGUAUCCAGGGUCUGGCCAACAUCCCCCUUGUGAUCGUCAUUGCCGUCUUCCUCUGCGAGACCCGUGGCGGUGUGGCCCUCUCUAAGCGUGCAAAGGCUCUCCGCAAGUCCACUGGUGAUGAGCGCUUCGUCACCCACAACGACCUCGAAGCCCCCGGUAUCAAGCAGAUGCUCCACAACUCGUCCGUCAAGGCCGUCAAGAUGCUGUUCACCGAGCCCGUGGUCUUCGCCUUUGGUCUCUGGAUCAGUUUCGCCUGGUUCCUGGCCUUCCUUUUCCUGUCCGUAAUCCCCAUCACCUUCCAGGAGAAGCGUGGUUGGAGCGAGGGUGUCUCCGGUCUUCCCUAUAUCUCUCUCUGCAUCGGAACCACUAUCGGCUUCGCUCUGAACUUCCUCCAGAUCCGCAAGUACAAGGCUCUCACUGCCGACGCCCACCGUGUUGUUGACCCUGAGUCCCGUCUGUAUGGAGCUCUCUGCGGAGCCGUCUGGCUACCCAUUGGUCUGUUCAUCUACAGCUUCACCCAGUACAAGGAUCUACCUUGGAUCGGCCCCAACAUCGGACUGGUGCUGAUUGCCGUUGGUAUCUUCUUCAUCUUCGAGUCCUGCUACAGUUAUACAUCCGACUGCUACGGUGAACACUCCUCAUCCGCCAUUGCCGGCCAGGGUUUCAUGCGUAACACCCUCGGUGCCGUGUCGCCUCUGUUCGCCUCGCAAUUCUUCCACAACCUCGGAAGCCAGUACGCUGGUCUGCUUUUGGCUCUUAUUGCGACUCUGUUGACUUUCAUUCCAUUCAUCCUGUACAAGUUUGGUCCCGCGCUGCGCGCCCGGUCUAGACUUGCCAGUGCCACUGUCAGUGCUGCCAGGGGCGAGUAA